GUCCUGAUCGACCGGCGGGCGCAGGCCGGGCGUAUGAGGCAGCCCGCUCCGCCGCCGCCGCAGCCGCCGGCCGCGCUGCGGGAUGUGGCGCUGGACGUGGCCCCGGCGCUGAGCGGCCGAGCCGCCGCCAUGGGAGCGAACGCGAACGGUACCGCGCUGCCCGAGCGCCUCCGCCUACCCGUCUGCUUCCUGGGCGUCUUCGCCUGCUACUUCUACUACGGCAUCCUGCAGGAGAGCAUCACACGGGGACGGUACGGGGAAGGCGCCGAGCAGGAGAAGUUCAAGUACGCCCUGACCCUGGUGUUCAUCCAGUGCGUCAUCAACGCCGCCUUCGCCAAGCUCCUGAUCCGGUUUUUCGACGCCGUCAAAGCGGAUCGCACCCGGAGCUGGCUCUACGCCGCCUGCUCGCUCUCCUACCUGGGCGCCAUGGUUUCCAGCAAUUCGGCUCUGCAGUUCGUCAGCUACCCCACUCAGGUCCUAGGUAAAUCUUGUAAGCCCAUUCCAGUCAUGCUUUUAGGAGUGACUUUGCUGCGGAAGAAGUAUCCACCGGCCAAGUAUCUCUGCGUCCUCUUGAUAGUCGCAGGCGUGGCCCUGUUUCUGUACAAACCUAAAAAGGGGGCUGGGAGCGAUGACCACGUCUUUGGCUACGGAGAACUCCUUCUGCUGCUGUCCCUGACCUUGGAUGGGCUGACUGGUGUAUCUCAGGACCACAUGAGAGCUCACUACCAAACGGGUUCCAAUCACAUGAUGCUGAACGUUAAUCUAUGGUCCACCUUGUUCCUGGGGGCUGGGAUACUGUUCACUGGAGAGCUCUGGGAGUUCUUGAGUUUUACGGAACGCUACCCUAGCAUCAUUUACAACAUCCUGCUGUUUGGCCUGACAAGCGCGCUGGGUCAGAGUUUUAUUUUCAUGACUGUGGUAUACUUCGGACCUCUGACUUGUUCCAUCAUCACCACGACCCGCAAGUUCUUCACCAUUUUAGCGUCCGUCAUUCUGUUUGCCAAUCCCAUCAGUACAAUGCAGUGGGUGGGGACGGUCCUGGUGUUCUUGGGCCUUGGACUCGAUGCCAAAUUUGGAAAGGGAGUAAAGAAGACAUCGCAUUGAGGAAAUGGUUGAUCUCUGCAGUUGGAAUGAACUUUUAAUUUAUUGUCUUGUACCUCAAAAUCUGUUAUGAAACUGGACUCAGGAUAGGUAAUCAGAAGGAGAGUGUUUGGAUUUUUUUUGUUUUAGUUUUUUAAUGCUGAAUUGUCUUAAAAGUGUAACACUUUAGUUUUAAUUGUAAUUAAGCUUUUUUUUUUUUUCUUUAAUCAAGGCUGCAUUACUAGAUCCUAGCAGCAGGAUGGAAUUCUUGCCUUAACAGGAAAAAAACCUUCAUAUCUUUAUUAAAGAAAAAGUGACAAUGGCCACUUUUCCAGAACUUUAA